AUGAAGGACAUCCAAGAUUUCAUUCAAGAUCUACAUCUUUAUGACCACACUUUCUUUGGUCCUUCAUACACCUGGAGCAACAAACAACACCAAUCUUUCCUUGCAAAGAAGCUUGAUAGGGUGCUUAUCAAUCCAAUAUGUGUACACACUUUCCAUAACUCAUUUUUGGAAUUCUUUUCACCUGGAGCAUCAGAUCAUUGUAUGGCUCUGGUUUGGAUCAAUAGAGAGGCUCAAGCAAAUCGACCAAAACCUUUCAAAAUUUUCAACUUUUGGACACUUCAUCCAAAUUUCUUAAAUGAAGUUCAACAGUCAAGACAACUAACUAUUCAAGGAAACCCGAUGAAGAUUCUUUUCCAGAAGCUUAAACGUCUAAAAGCAUGCCUCAAGAUCAUAAACAAAGAAUGUUACAGUGACAUCUCCGCUCGUGUGCGUCAAAAGAGAAGCGAGCUUGAACAACUUCAACUCUCCACUCUAAUAGGAGAACACACUAUUGAAAAAGAGUUGAUGUUACAGAAUGAGCUUUUGUCUCUGGAAGAAGUAGAGGGUAAAACCAAAAGGGACACUAUCCGAAUUCUUGUCAAUGACCAAGGUAGAAGGCUUGAAUCCUUUGAUGAAAUAGCUUCUGAAGUGACUGAAUUUUACUCAAGUCUUUUAGAUGUUUCUUCUAACAUUGUAAAUGAAGUAACUGAUGAAGAGAUCCAAGAAGCAAUUUUCAACCAAAGAAACGACAAAGCACAUGGCCCUGAUGGAUUCACACCUUACUUUUUCAAAAAUCCUGCUUUCAAUGCUACUACCAUUGCCUUGGUUCCAAAGGUUCCUAAUCCCAACAAGGUUAGAGAUUUUCGGCCAAUAUCUUGUUGCUCUGUCAUAUACAAGACAAUUACGAAGAUCCUAGUCAAAAGGUUGACUACCCUACUUCCAGGGAUAAUUUCUCUCAAUCAAUUAGCUUUUGUAAAAGGAAGAAAUAUUGUUGAUAACACAUUCCUUGCCCAAGAACUGGUUUAUAACUUCCUAAUACUUUCAUUGGUUGGAUUGAAACCUGCUUUACAGAAGCAAGAUACUCCGUUUCUUUCAAUGGAAGCUUGA